AUGGGUGGUGCAGUUAGCUCCGGACGAGAUAACAAUGAACUUAUAGAUAACUUAAUGAGCGGUAACUACAUCCGCACCAGGCAAAUAGAGAUGGUGUUUCGAGCUCUGGACAGGGCCGACUACAUGACACCAGAGGCUCGGGAUCAAGCCUAUAAGGAUUUAGCUUGGAAAAAUGGGCCCUUGCAUCUAUCUUCGCCUUGUAUUUAUAGUGAGGUGAUGGAGGGGUUAGAGCUGAGACCGGGCCUGUCCUUCUUGAACAUUGGUUCGGGGACAGGCUACCUCAGUAGCUUGGUGGGCUUGAUCCUCGGCACGUCGGGGAUCAGUCACGGAGUGGAGGUCCAUCCCGCUGUAGUGGAGUACGCCACCAAGAAGAUAUCACAGUUCAUUGAAAACUCACCGACCUUGGACGAGUUUGAUUUUUGUGAGCCCAAAUAUUACCAUGGUAACGGUCUGUGUUUGAGCCCUCCUGCUGUUGGAUAUGAUCGUGUGUACUGCGGUGCCGCCUGUCCUGAUCAGUAUGAGAUGUACUUUAAACAACUGAUAAAGGUCGGUGGUCUGCUGGUGAUGCCACUCAACGACACUCUAGUCCAGGUGCGACGAGUGGGAGAGAACGAGUGGGUGUCACGCUGUUUGCUCAACGUGUCCUUCGCCACACUGAGGGUACCCACCGCCGAGGAAGCCACCCAGCUCGUCAAACUAGACGAGUUGCGGCCGGUGCGCCUGCAGCUGCUGUCCCGCGCGGUGAUCCGGUCCGCGAUGCGUGGCGGAGUGCUGCGGCGACACCCCGAGCUCCGUCUGUCCCCGCGGCCCCCCCCGCCCUCCGCCUGUCCACGUCGCAUCUGCAUACCAAUAGAGCCCGGCGGCUCCGUCGAGGGCCUGAACGUGCUUCACGACUUGGACAACGAGAGCGGAGCGAACGAGAUGAACGCCCUGCUGAGUCUCGUGAUCAGUAUGGGACAGAACAGAGUGGCCGGGGCGCUGAGGUUCGACCGCGUGGACUCCGGGACCGACGACGAACACGACGAGGACGACCACGACGGAGACGAGCCCGAGAACAACCACGACGAGACCUCGGGAGACGCGGAGGAGGCUCCGGAGAACGAGCAGGACCAGCCGAGUAACGUGGACCUGCCCGCCUCGGACUCCGACGACAAACCCGACAUGAACGGAGACACCAGCGACCUCGACGACUCCCCGCCGAGACCGCGCAGGCCCACCAAGAGAUCGGACACUAGGCAGAGAGACAGCCACAGUCUGCGGCGCCGGCCGAGGCAGGGCUCGGACUCCAAGGACGACUCCCCGCCCGACGACGGCGUGCGGGAUGUUCUACGAAAGAGACGAGACGCUAAACCCUCCACCUCACAGGGGCUGGGCUCCAUGGCCGACGUGCUCAAGAAUACAGAGGAGAUGACCAAGAAGGAGACCGUCCUCGACCACCAGAAGACGGACACCGUGACCGGGCCCAGGAGGGACCUCCCGGGCGUACCCUCGGUGGUGGAGAUCGACCUGGGGGAGACCUCGGACAUGGAGUGGGACUCGGAGACGGGCGAGCUGGACGCGACCCCGGAGAGGCUGGGCAGGCUGGAGCACAGCGACGACGACACGCUCAAGAACAAGCCCAAGAGACAGAAGCUGGACAGCGGGCUCGGAGACACGCCCAGCAGCUCCUCGCCCGACAAGAACAAGAGCGAUGGCUCAGAGCGCUCCGACAGCCCCGUCGCUGGAGGGAGCAGCGUGGUGGACAGCCGCAGCUGGUCCCCGGGGCCCGAGGAGCGCGCACACACGGAGCGCCGCAGACAGCGUGAGGCCCGCGGCGGGGACGCGCGCCGCGUGCGCCUCUCGCUGCUCAUGAAGCAGGCCGUGCGCGAGCUGCCGCUGCCGCACGCGCUCAAGAAUAGAGAGACAGAUAUAUCUGACAUUUUAUACAUUAGUCCUAUGCAUGUCCUAGUAUCCAGUUCCGCUGACACCGAUCUCUUCGCUUCCAGGUACGUGAACCUGGGACGGUGCUUCGAGUUCUAA